AUGGAAGAUGUACAUUUACCUAAAGUGGAAGACAUGAAAUUCGGAACAUUGAUAGGAUUGGCAUCAGUACAUGCAUUGUAUCCCUUACCUGGAAUCCGACGACGAUUUCGGUUGAGGUGCGAUGCAUUGCGACGGUUAGAUGAAGUUGUCGCAAAGGAGCUUAACAAUCUCACCCCUCGACAACUUCAGUUUCAUCUUUUCAUCCGACGAUUGAAUAGUGCAGAUGGUACAUCGGAAAUGCGGGAAAUUCUCAGGAAUUGGUUGAAAUUCUCAAAAGAUCUGGAUGAUUCUGCUUAUCUCUGUGCACCUGUUUUCUUCAACAAAGCGAAUCAGGCAGCAUGA